AUCAAAUAAUUGCAAUACAAUACUAAACUAGUGUGUGAAUGUAAAGAUAAUUGAAAAAAAUAGGGAUAUUAUUCUUCUUCCUCUCAUUCAAUAAUUCCACAUCUUCUAGCUUUUAUGAGCUUUAAACAUGACCAAAUCAGUUUUCUCCUUAUUCUUCUUCACAGUAUUAGUCUCUCUUUUGCUUUUUCUCGCGGCUGCAUCUGCAAGGAAUGCAACAAGUGAGUUGAGAUAUGAUGGCUGUGCUCCCAGAGAUACCGUCAGAGAAUGCAACAUGGUGCCGGGUGAGAAGGAGGAGGAGAAGGAGGUGGUACGGAGGAUUCUGCAACCAAGGAGCUUUAUAAGCCCAAAACCGCUGCAGCGACAGCAGGCUUUACCCUGUAAGAUCGCCGGUAAUUGCAUCAAACCUGUUAAUGGGAAAGACGCAACUUGCACUUACUACGACCGUUGCCAACGUUCAGCUUAAAAUUUUCUUCAUCCUUUUAUCAUUGUAUUUUUUAUAUGCUGUUUUUUUUUUCCAUUAAUCAUGUGUGUGUUUAUGAUAUUUUAGUCAAAGAAAAAAAAAGAGAGAGGCAGUGUGUAACAAGAAUAAGAAAGUCGAUCUGUUGUAACAAAAAAAUGACGGUCGAAUAACAAGAA